UGUUGUUACUUUGAUUCCUUUGUCUGGAAGUUUCCAUGUGGAAGCUUCCAGAGUCUUUUCUGUUUGUCUGCAGGCUGAGCAGAACUGACUCCUGCAGGAUCACAGGAACUUUCAGGGAAAUCUCAAAGCAGGAGAACAGUUUCUGUUUGGAGCUUUUUUCUGUGAUUGUGAGACUAGCAGAUGAUCGGAGCUGCUGCUGUUCAGAGGACUUUGGUGUUUGUUGGAGCUGAAGAUCUUCUGCAGCUGCAGGAACCAUGUCUUCAGAACCUCUGGAAGAUUCUGACAGAGAACAACUUUCUGCUGCUGAAGAAACCUUCAGAAUCUGUGAAGGAACCAUCGUCCAGAAUGAGAAUGAGGAGCUCUGUGGUCAGCGCAGACUGCUGGAUAUCACCUGGAACCCGCAGCUUCAGCUCGACCUCAAAGUCCUCCCCCAGAAUUAUGUGACUGAAGAGGACUUCUGCAACCAAGAGAGGAGCGUCAGAGUUGACCAGGAAGAACCAGAACCUCCACAGAUUAAAGAUGAAAUGGAGGAACCAGAACCUCUACAGAUUAAAGAAGAACCAGAACCGCUGCAGAUUAAAGAUGAACACAAAGAACCAGAACCUCUACAGAUUAAAGAGGAACAGGAGGAAUCAGAACCCCCACAGAUGAAAGAGGACCAGGAGGAACCAGAUCCACUACAGGUUAAAGAAGACAAAGUGGAGUUGUGCAUUAGUCAGGAUGGAGAGCUGCUUGAUCUGAAGCAGGAGAUUGACACUUUGAAGGAGAUACCUACUUAUGAGGAAAAUGAGAACAGUGAAGCAGAUCUAAACACUCAGCAGAGCUUUAAUAGAACUUAUAGUCAGGAUGAAGAACCUCAUUUAAAUACAGAUGAAGAGAUAGACCCACAGAACAAACGAAGGAUUCCAAUAAUAUGUAAAGAAUGUGGUAAAGGUUACUUGUCUCAGCUCAGAGUUCACAUGGGAAUCCAUCAAAAGCCUUUUGUUUGUAAACAAUGCACCAAAUGUUGUGGUAAAUUAACUAAUGUCAAACCACACAUGAGAACGCACACAGGAGAGAAGCCUUUUUCUUGUCAUGAAUGUAAUAAACGUUUUAGACAAACAUCUGAUUUAAAAACACACAUGAGAACUCAUACAGGAGAGAAGCCUUUUUCUUGUAAAGAAUGUAAUAAACGUUUUAGUAAAGCAUAUGAUUUAAAAACACAUAUUAGAACUCACACAGGAGAGAAGCCUUUUCUUUGUAAGGAAUGUGGUUCAACUUUCAUUCAAAUAUCUCACCUUUAUUCACACAUGAAAAUUCACACAGGAGAGAAGCCUUUUAUUUGUAAAGAAUGUGAUAAACAUUUUAGACAAAAUUCUGAUUUGAAAAUACAUAUGAGAACUCACACAGGAGAAAAGCCUUUUUUUUGUAAAGAAUGUGCAAAAGGUUUUAGUCAUAAAUCUCACCUUUAUUCACAUAUGAGAACUCAUACAGGAGAGAAGCCUUUUACCUGUAAAGAAUGUGAUAAAGGUUUUAGUCACAUUCGCGAUCUCAAAUCACACAUGAGAACUCACAUAGGAGAGCAGCCUUUUACCUGUAAAAAAUGUCCUGAACGUUUUAGUGACUUUGAUAAUCUCAAAACACACAUGAGAACUCACACAGGAGAGAAGCCUUUUCCUUGUCAAGAACUUAAUAAACAUUUUAUAAAAACACCUGAAUUAAAAACACACAUGAGAACCCACACAGGAGAGAUGCCUUUUCUAUGUAAAGAAUGUGGUUCAAGUUUCAGUCAAAUAUCUCAACUUUAUUCACACAUGAGAACUCACACAGGAGAGAAGCCUUUUACCUGUAAAGAAUGUGACCAACGUUUUAGAGGAAUAUCUCAUUUAAAAACACAUAUGAGAACUCACACAGGAGAAAAGCAUUUUUUUUGUAAUGUAUGUGCUAAAAGUUUUAGUCAAAUAUCUCACCUUUAUUCACACAGGAGAACGCACAAAGAAGAAAAGCCUUUUACCUGUAAAGAAUGUGAUAAAAGUUUUAGUCACAAAUGUUAUCUCAAAAGACACAUGAGAACUCACACGGGAGAGAAGCCUUUUACCUGUCAAGAAUGUCAUAAGAGUUUUAGUGAAAUGCGUAGUCUCCAAACACACGUGAGAACUCACACAGGAGAAAAGCCUUUUUUGUGUACGGAAUGUGACAAAAGUUUUGGUGAAAAAUCAUAUUUGAGAAGACACAUGAGAACUCACGCAGGAGAGACAUCUAUUUCUCGUAAAUAAUGCAAAUAACAUUUUAGCUUGCGACAGACUGGUGACCUAUCCAGGUGUAUCCUGCCUUUGCCCAUCAGUACCUGAGUUAGGCUCCAGCACCCCAUGACCCCUAUAGCUUUAAGGGGCUAAGAAGAUGAUUAAACUUUUAGUCAAAUAUCUGAUCUCAAUUCACACAUGAAAACUCACACAGGAAAGAAGUAUUUUACUUGUUCAGAAUUUGACAUUUUUUUGAUUUAUAUGGACUCUUAAUUCAAAUACAAGAACUUAUACAAUUUAAAGGAUUUAUUAACAGAUUAACAAUAAAUGUCAAAAAUUGCCGAUGUAUACUUACAAAUUUACAAGGUUUUUGAAAUCAUGUAUUAACAAUUAUUGAGAUUAAAACUUAAAGAACCACCUCUAAAUAUCUUAUUUGUAUAUAUAUUUUAAAACUUUAUUUCAAUGUUUUAAUUGUCAACAAAGAAAGUCUUAACAUACAUUUAAUAAACCAUUAUAGUAAUCAUUGUUAAUUAUACAUAAAUGUUGACAACAUCAAAUAUAAGCUACUUGCUCAUGCUUAAGAAAGUAGGAUAAUAAAAUAAUAAUGAAGUGUUAACUCAUGCUCAAUUAGUGCUUAACUAAUCCUUUAUAGUUUGUAGUUAUUAUAAAGUGUUAACAAAUGCUAUAGAGCCACAACUAAUGCUUAACUAAUCCUUUAUAGUUUGUAGUUAUUAUAAAGUGUUAACAAAUGCUAUAGAGCCACAACUAAUGCUUAACUAAUCCUUCAUAGUGUGUAGUUAUUAUAAAAUGUUACUGAAUGCUCUAGUAUCAGGCAGUAACAGUGUAGUGUGAACGCUAUAUGCUAAUAGCAUUUUUGAGAAUGUUUUUUUUUUUUUUUUGGUAAAACCGAUGACAUACAGUAAAAAAACAA